AUGGCAGGAGGCGUCAAGAAACCCGUCAACAUCUUCAAGCUCAAGGACCUAGGCGAGCCAGCCGGUGUCUUCAACUGGAGACUCUGGUUCGCUGUUGUGUCUUUUGCUCUCCUCGGUGCCGCACGAGGUAUUGAUGAGGGUCUCAUCUCUGGAUCUUUCAACAGCAAGGAUUUCCAGGAGAAGAUUAACUAUGAGAGUUAUUCCGAGGUGGAACAGGCCAACAUCAAGGCCAAUGUUUCUGCUAUGGUGCAGAUUGGUUCUGUUGGUGGUGCCUUAAUCGCUUUCUUGAUCUGUGAUCGCAUCGGCCGUAUUUGGGCUACUCGUGUUCUCUGCUCCCUUUGGGCUCUUGGUAUUGUCAUCUUCAUGAUCGGUGGUGUCAACGGAAACCUCGGUGCCAUCUACGCUGGUCGCUUCAUCUGUGGUCUUGGUGUUGGACAGACUCCUGUCGUGGGACCUGUUUACAUCGCCGAGAUUGCACCCGCCGCCAUUCGUGGUCUCUGCUCUUGCAUGUUCACUGGUGCUGUUUACAUCGGUAUCGUCCUCGCUUACUUCACAAACUACGGCUGCCAUCUCAACAUGUCCGACCACACCCACAACCAAUGGCUCGUCCCUACCAGUCUUCACAUCAUGAUGUCCGGUCUCAUCUUCCUCCUCAUGUUCUUCCAAUCCGAGUCCCCCCGAUACCUCGUCAAAGAAGGCAAGCCCGAUGAAGCAGCUCGUGUUCUCGGCCGUCUUCGUCAACAAUCCCCCGAGAGCGACUACAUCAUCCGCCAAGUUUCCGAGAUCCAGGCCGCUCUUGACCACGAGCUCGAGGCUACCAAGGGUGUUGGUUUCCUCGGAAAGGUCAAGGAGCUCAUCUUUGUCCCCUCCAACCUCUACCGUCUCUACAUGUCCUCCAUGGUCCAGUUCCUCUCUCAGUGGUCUGGCGCUGGUUCCAUCACCCUCUAUGCCCCCGAUCUGUUCAAGAUCAUGGGCAUCGUUGGUAAGGAGGAGGGUCUUCUCGUCACCGCUGUCUUCGGUAUCGUCAAGCUUUGCGCCGCUAUUAUUUGCGCUCUCUUCCUCGUCGAUGUCAUCGGCCGAAAGCGCGCUCUUCUCAUCGGUAUCUCUCUGCAGACCAUUGCCAUGGUCUACGUCGCUGCUUUCCUCACCAAGAUUCCCCAGCUUGGUGUUGAUGAGGACUUCGUGCUUCCCGCCGCUGACAAGGGUGCUUCUCGCGGUGCUAUCGCCAUGAUCUACGUCUCUGGUUUCGGUUGGGCUCUCGGCUGGAACUCCAUGCAGUACCUCCUCACUGCCGAACUCUUCCCCCUCCGAAUCCGAGCUCUCGCUACCUCUUGGGCUAUGACUCUUCACUUCGCCAACCAGUACGGCAACUCCCGCGCUGUGCCCAACAUGCUUCUCUCCGUUUCCAAGGGUGGUAUCUCCCCCAAGGGAACUUUCUGGUGCUUCGCCGCUGUCACCUUUGUCGGUGGUGUCUGGGUCUGGUUCUCCGUUCCCGAGACUAGCGGUCGCAGCCUUGAGAGCAUGGAUGAGCUCUUCGAGCUUCCCUGGUACAAGAUCGGUCUUCACGGUAACAAGCACGUCGAGGAGCUUGACCAGGCCCGCGACGAGAAGCAGCGCUAUGUUGAGGAGAGCCAUGCUACUGGUGUUGAGAUUGAGGGUCAGCGCAAGCAGGAGGCUUAG